AACCACUAAACUAGCAAGAAAUUAAAGCGUGAGGCCGAGACAUUACGCAAAACAGCAAUCUAGCUACCGGCCAGUCAUGGCAGCAAUCCGUAAGAAGCUGGUUAUAGUGGGAGAUGGAGCAUGUGGGAAAACCUGCCUACUCAUUGUAUUCAGUAAAGACCAGUUCCCUGAAGUCUAUGUGCCCACUGUCUUUGAGAACUAUGUAGCUGACAUCGAGGUCGACAGCCGACAGGUUGAGUUGGCACUGUGGGAUACAGCAGGCCAGGAGGACUAUGACCGGCUCCGCCCUCUGUCAUACCCAGAUACUGAUGUCAUCCUUAUGUGCUUCUCUGUCGAUAGCCCAGACAGUUUGGAAAACAUCCCGGAGAAGUGGACUCCGGAGGUCAAACACUUCUGCCCUAACGUUCCCAUCAUCCUCGUUGGCAACAAAAAGGACCUGCGUAACGAUGAGCAUACACGCCGAGAGUUAGCCAAGAUGAAACAGGAGCCUGUAAAGCCCGAGGAAGGGCGUGACAUGGCAAACCGGAUCAGUGCCUUUGGCUACAUGGAGUGCUCUGCAAAGACAAAAGAUGGUGUGAGGGAAGUGUUUGAGAUGGCCACCAGGGCUGCGCUACAGGCACGGCGGGGGAAACCGCGACAUAAAUGCCUCCUACUGUAAAGGGAGGGGAGGCUUCAGGGACAUGGCCUCCUGCUUGGCGGCGAAGGGAACGAUAGAAGAAACUAGGUCUAUUCCCUCUCUGCUCCAAAAAAAAGACUGCUCACCAGUUUUUAAUAAAGGUGUAAUGCUUUUAAUUUUCUGUCUUAAAGCAAAAAGGUUAAAUAGUCAUGGUUUUGUCAGUAUUCAGUGAUGAUGGGGUUAUCGAAAUGCUUCUUUUUUGUACUUGUACAUGAAUCUGUCAUAUCAAAGCUUCCCUUGUAAACCUGUACUGCCAUGUUAAGUCAGGUGGUCCGCCAGGGGACCUAUUGUGUCAUACCUGCCAAUUAAGUGCUUGAGCCCUGCCCACUGAACUGAGGAAUGUUUCCACAGGCAAUCAGGGCAGGGUACCCAUACACUGUGAUAAAUAGUCUUUAGGAUUAUUCACAUUACACAGGCAUAAAAUUGUUAAAAUGAAUGUGCUUCAUAUGAAACCAGGUGUCCAUCUACUCAUAGAGACACAGAUAAGGACAUUUGGUGUGUUUCUGUAAUAAAUGACUUUGUAAGAU